AAAAUUCUUAAAUCUCAUUAACCAGUUCUUCCUAUUUUAUUAAAUCAUUUUUAUUUUCCCCAAAAAUAUAAAAUUAUUUUGUCAUCUCCAUUCUCAAUUCUCUCCAUUUACUACUUUGACGCGAAUCAAACCUACAAAUUCCGUCGUCACCGUUUCCUCCGGUAGAAAAAAACUGCGUUCCGCCGAGAUCCCGAUCUCUUGUCGGAAAACUGCAACCGAUCUGAAUCCGAAGAUCCGAUCUGAUCCGAUCCGAGUUAGCACUCAGCUGAUCCGAGUUCGAGCGAUGGCUCCGGUUUCAGCUCUAGCGAAGUACAAAUUAGUGUUCCUGGGAGAUCAAUCCGUCGGAAAAACGAGUAUCAUCACUCGUUUCAUGUACGAUAAAUUUGACAAUACUUAUCAGGCUACAAUAGGUAUUGAUUUCCUCUCGAAGACUAUGUAUCUUGAAGAUCGAACUGUACGGUUGCAGUUAUGGGACACUGCUGGACAAGAAAGAUUUAGGAGUCUCAUACCGAGCUAUAUAAGGGACUCCUCUGUUGCAGUCAUCGUAUUUGAUGUUGCAAGCAGACAGACCUUUCUCAAUACUUCAAAAUGGAUCGAGGAGGUUCGUACCGAGAGAGGAAGUGAUGUUAUUAUUGUGCUCGUUGGCAACAAAACUGACUUGGUUGAUAAGAGGCAAGUUUCGAUAGAGGAAGGAGAGGCCAAAGCACGUGACCUCAAUGUCAUGUUUAUCGAAACAAGUGCAAAAGCCGGGUUCAAUAUAAAGGCACUAUUCCGGAAAAUUGCAGCAGCACUACCCGGAAUGGAAACACUGUCAUCAGCAAAGCAAGAGGAUAUGGUUGAUGUUAACCUCAAAUCGAGCAACACAAACGCAUCUCAAUCUCAACAACAGUCCGGAGGGUGUGCCUGCUAAUAAUUAAUUAAAAAAAAAACAUCAACUUCUUUAUUUGCGUUUAUAUCGAAUUAUUUUUCUAUUAAUGCAUCUGUAAAUUUCUUCACUGCCCUUUUGAUAAUAGAGUCGAAUUUUGGUCGUGAUUGUCGGAUUAAUUCUAAGCCGGAUAUAUAUAUUAGAUUGUCAUUACAGUUCGUUGUGUCAUGUAUCAUUUGGUGAGCAAUUGUUAUUCGGGACCAUAGAUAGUUUCUUUUCCAA